GGUGUGGUGUGACAGCGCGCCAUCAACGAGUAAGUGCCUCUUGGUAACAUGAUCAUGAGGCACGGACGGCUAGAAGCUCAGCGAGUCGCUCUUCUUCGUCACUCCACCACAUGAGGUCCCUCUACGCUACUAAUUCCCUCCUGACUACCAAUACUAGUAGUGGUACUCGUCGCCAUGGCUCCCUCUACCUCCACUCUAGCCCCUCCCUUCGCCUCAUCGCGCUUCGACGCGCCGCGAAUCUUAGGAUCUGCCCCGUUCCCAUCUCUCAUCCAUCGACCUUCCUCCUCCUACCAUUCUCGCUCGUACUCACCCCAUUACCUUUCUCGCCGCGCUCGCCUCGUCCUACACACUCACCGCUCACCUUCCCCCUAUCUCCUCCACAGUAGCACCCGCGCCCAGAUCCCGCCGCCGUCUCUCGCGCAGCUUACCUCUCGCGCCCGCUCCUUACGCUGUUGCUCCUCCCCCCCCUCCUCCUCCACCCCUCCCCAACAUCCAGCAUCCCCUCCUUCCCUGCUCUCCUCUCCUCCCUCUCACUCGUCUUCUUCUCCCUCCUCUGCCCCCUUACAUUCUCUUUCCGGCGCUAUAUCCCCAUCCGCGCGCCCCCGCGCAUCUUCCCCCCUGCUGUCCCCAACCUCUCCGCAGCCCUACCGCAUCCGCCAUUUCCCCUCCGCCCGCGCGCAUCCUCUUCCCCCCGCCGCGCUCCCCGCUUCCGCCCGUAGCGCGCCCAACAGCGGAGCGCGGGCCGUUGCGCCCGUGACCCGGGGCAACGAUCAAGCGCAAGGGGCCUCGCGGAAGGUCACCGGGAGCGGGAGGGGGGGAUCGGAGCGGUACUGGGUGAGGGAACAGGAGAUAGAUGAGGACGGGAGCAGCGGCACGGAAAGCACGGGCAGGCGAGGGGAAGGUGGAGGGGGGAGUGGGGCGAAUCGCGGGGAAAUUUCCGAGCAAUGUGACACUAGGGACGUGGCCAGGCGCAACGGCGGGCUGGAUGGCGGCGCGGGCGAUGCUAGGGACGGCGGAGCGAGGCGCGGUAAUGAUGGGGCGAACGGGAGUCUAGGGCGUACAGGGUUUCGUGAACGUGCAGAUAGGACAAACGAGGCGAGUGGGGAGUCGUCGGGUGCGGGCGGAAGCGGGACCGUUGUGAGAGCGCGCAAGGAGUGGAAGGCGUACGAGGGGGUGAACCGCGCGCAAUGGCGGAAGGGCCGGAAGGGGAAGGCGGGGGAUGCGGAGGGGGAAGCGGAGGAGGAAGGGGGGUGGGGGGUAGGCGAGGAGAGCGUGGAGCGAGUGGUGGCGCGCAUCAUGCGGCUGAAUUUCUGGGAUGACGUGGACGGCGUGCUGAACCAAUGGGGCGGGCGCAAGAACCGGAAGCUGUUUCUUCCGCUGAUCAAGGCGGUGUCCGCGCGCGGGGACCUGCGCAUGGCGCUCAAGGUGUUCGCGUGGAUGAAGGCGCAGCGCUGCUACCGCGCGCAGCCGCCGCUCUACUCGCACCUCAUGCACCUCGCCGCGCGCUCGCGCAAGGUCAACCGCGCGCGGGAGCUCUUCCGCGAGAUGCUGGAGUGGCGGUGCAAGCCGGACGUGCACGUGUACAUCGCUCUCAUGUCCGCGCAUGCACGCAUUGGCGAGUGGCAGGCUGCUGUCAACACCUUCGACGCCAUGCUGCGAGACAAAGUGCCCCCGAGCCGCGAGGCGUACAACGCGCUGAUCAACGCGUGUGGGUGCACGGGGCAGUGGCAGCAAGCCCUGCUCAUGUUCGACCGCAUGCAGGCGGACGGCGUGCCCCCGGACAUCGUCACGUACAACACCCUCCUCACCGCGCUCAAGAACGGCCAGCAGUUCCAGCAAGCCCUCUCGCUCUUCGCCCGCCUGCGCUCCUUCGGGGUGCGCCCAGACCAGAUCUCGCACAACAUCGCGCUGUGCUGCCACGCACGGCUCGGGGAGUUCGAGGAGGUCUUAGGGAUGUUUGAGCGGAUGAAAGGGGCCAAGAGGGGGGCGGUGUGGCGGCCAAAUCUGGUGACGUAUAACGUGGUGCUGCACGCGCUGGCGGCCAGCGGGCGGCAUCGGGACGCGCAGGCGCUGUUUGAUAGUAUGGUGGCGGAGAGUGGGCGGAAAGGGACAAAGGGGGGCGGCAGUGGCGGGACCAACAACACCCCUGUGGCCGUGGGCAUCCAGCCGAAUCGAGUCACGUACAACACGCUCCUAGACGCGUACGCGGCGUGGGGCAUGCACAGGGAGGCCCGGGCCGUCUUCGACUCCAUGCGAAAAGCAGGGAUCGAGCCGGACGUGGUCUCAUACUCGUCCCUCAUCAAUGCGUACAGCAAGGCGGGGAGGCCGGACGAUGGGGCUGCGGUGCUGGCGCUGAUGCGAAGAAGGUUCUGCACGCCCAAUGUGGUGACGUUCAACGCGCUGAUCGACGCCUUUGGACGGGUGGGGAGGCUGGAUGAGGCGCUUGCGGUGAAAGCAGAGAUGGAAGCGGUGGGGAUGGGUGUGGGGGGGGGGAUGGGGAUGGGGGUGGGGGUGAAUGGGGGAGUGAAUGGGGGGGUGGAUGGGGGGCCUGGGAUGGGUGUGACUGGUGGCAGCGACAGUAGGGGUAGCAGCAGCAUUGACAGCAGCAAGAGCAGAGGUACCAGCACCAGCAGCACCAGCAGCACCAGCAGCACCAGCAGCACAACCACAACAUCAGAAAACAUCGCAGCAGGAAACAGCACACAACCUAAAUCAGUGUAUCGGGCGCACCCGGACUCACUCCUCGCCCGGCGCGGCACCAAGGUCGCCCCCACCGCAGUCACCUACUCGGCCCUCAUCGCCGCAUGCGGGCGCGCGGGCCGCCCAGAGCAAGCCGUGCUCCUAGCAGCGGAGGCCGAAGCUGCAGGCGUGCAGCUGAACACCACCACGUACAACGCGCUCCUGUGGGUGCACGCGCGCGCUGGGGACAGCGGCCAGGUGGCGCGGAUUGCGGAGCGGAUGAUGGAGAGAGGAGUGGCGUGGGACGAGAUUACGUUCAACGUGUUGGUGGACUAUGCUGGGAAGGAGGGGCGCGUGGGGGACGCGGAGGGGCUGUUUGACGAGAUGCAGCGCCGGGGCAUGAGCGUCACAGUGGAGGCGGCGUCCUCGCUCAUGGACGCGUAUGCCAAGAUGGGUCUGCUUCCCUCCGCCUACCGUCUGCUGGACCGCAUGGCCGUGCUGGGAUGCCCGCCCAACGUGGUCACCUUCACAUGCCUCAUGGAGGCCGCUGGCAGGGCAGGAGCUCCUGACGACGCAGAGGCCAUAUUUCAGCGCAUGCGAUCGCAGGGGGUAGCGCCGGACGCAGUGGCAGUGGCGGCGUUGCUGCGUGCACUCAACGUGUGCGAGCGCCACGAGCGCUGUGUGCAGGUGGGGCGGAUGGUGAGGGAGGAGGCGGAGCGCGGGGAGAAGGAGGAGCAGCAACACUCGGCUGCUGCUGCUGCUGGUGUUGCUGCUGCUGCUGCUAGUGCUGGUGGUGACGAUUGGAGCGUUGUUAGCAGCAGCAGCAGCAGCAGUGGUGGUGGUGGCGGUGGUGGUGGUGGUGGAGGUGGAGGUGGAGGUGGAGUGGCAGCAUUGCGCAUGGACGUGUUCUCUGAAGUAGUGUACAACGAGAUGCUCGUCGCAUGCAACAGGCUAAGGAAUGGAGCAGAGGCUUGGGCGUUAUACCAACACAUGACAGCAGGACAAGUGCCAGUAGGGGGGGAAGGGGCCGUAGAGGCGGAUGGGGCAGGUGCAACCGAGGGGAGUAGGGGCACAGUUCUCUGGAGCAGAAGCAGCAGCAGGAGCAGUGUGACUAGUGCUGGUAAUGGCUACAGAAGCUCCAGCAGCAGUGGCAAUGGCAGCAACAGCAGCGGCAGUGGCAGAAGCAGCAGCAGCAUAAGUAGUGGUUGGAGCAGCGAUUCGGAUGGGUGGGGGGAGAGAAUAGAGGAGUGGAGCGGGUUUAGAGGGAUGCAGGAGUGGGAGGAAGGGGAGCGGGGUGGUGCUGCUGGUAAUGGCAGCAUGGGUAGUGGGAUGGAGAGGUGGGGAGGGGAGAGAGCUGAUGGGACGAGAGGAGAGGGCAGGUGGGGUGGUGGUGUUGGGGAUGGGGGAGUGGAGGAUGGUGAAGGAAGGGUGGGAGAGGAGAGAUGGGGAGGGUUGGCGCAAAGACAGGGGCAGGGAAGUGGGCAUGGGAGUGAAUGGUUCGGGGAUGAUGCAGUGAGGGGUGAUGAUUCAGCCUCACAUCACGACACUGUGGCGGAUUCUGUAGUGGCGAGGCCGGAGGGAGCAGGAGCAGGAGCAGGAGGAGGAGAAAGAGAAGGCGAGGGUGGGAAGUGGAUGGAUAAUGGAGGGAGGGGGGAAACGCAGGAAGACACGCCUAUGCGGCCUUUCUCCCUGCGCACCUUGAACCUUGUCAUCGACGCUCUGGCUCGUGCCGGCAUGACGGCUGAAGCGCUGCAGGUGCUCCUGGCCAUGCCAUCGUGGGGUAUCGUCCCCUCGGCGCACUCGUUCAACCUCGUGCUCAAGCCGCUCUCGGCCGCAUGGCAGGCAGAGAAAUGCAUGCAGCUGCUGGACCACAUGGCAGCGUGCGGAGUGGCGCCCAACCUACUCUCCUUCAACCUCGUGCUCGGCUCACUGCUCCACCACACCACGCAGUCCCGCCUCACACUGCCCUCGCUGCACCCCUCCACGCUCUCUCCUCACUCUUCCCAUUCAAUGCACGCUCCCCACGUUCCCCCGUCCUCGUUACGGCCUGAAGCGCCCACGCCCCAGAGCUCCCAAGGGACUCUCUCCUCCCCUCCCACGCGCUCCUUGGGCUCUGAGGCGUCUGGGGGCACGCCCGCCCAAGCGGCACUGGCACGAGGCACUUUGUCCUCUCGCGGUGCCAUGCCGCGGCUGCAGCAGGCACGGGUGCAAGGGGGGGAGGGUGGAGAGGCGGGUGAGUGGGGUGGAGCGAAGGGUGUAGGGGGGGAGUCGGGACGUGGGGAGUUUGAGCAGGAGUGGGAAGAGGAAGAGGGUUGGGAGGGGGAGGAGGGGGGGGAGGAGGAAGAAGAGGAGGAGGAGAGGGAGGAGGAGGAGGAGGAGGAGGAGGAGGAGGAGAAGGAGGAGAAAGGGGAGAAGAGGAGUGGGGAAGGGUGGAGAAGGGCCCCAGAGGUGUAUGCGAAGAUGCUAUACGCAGGAGUGCAUCCGGACGCCAUGACCCACCGCACGCUCCUCGCGCUGCUCUCUCGCUCCGGCCAGCACCAGCGGGCGCUGCUGCUGCAGCAGCUGCUGGCCCAGGCCACAUCCGGUGCAGGUGGCUUUGCUGCUGCUGGCGCUGCUGCUGGUGGUGCUGGCACUGCUGCUGCUGGUGGGUUGCUUGUGAAGCCGAGAACGCUGGAAUGGGCAUGUGGUGAUGGGGCGGAGGUGAGGGGGGGAGCAGGUGCUGCUGGGAGUGGUGCUGGUGAGGGGAGCGGGAGGGGGGGAGGUGGAGAGGAUGGAGAUGGUGGCUUCUCCCACCGGAAACAACAGCAGCAGCGGCGGCAGCAAGAGCAACACGAGCAACGUGAGCAUCAGCAGCAACAGGGGCCACAGGGGCCACAGGGGCCACGGGGGCCACAGGGGCUUCCAAGGGCUGUAUUGGAGUUACUAAUGAGUGGUUGAUGAUGGUGGGUAUACCAGUAGGGAUGGUCAGGGGGGCCGAAACAUGGCAACUGCAGGGGAGGGGAGAGGCAGGUAUGGCAAGGCAACUGUAUUCUAAGCACAUUCCUGCCUGCUGUUCCUGAAAUGACGUUCAGCUACGUUGUUAUUCCAUUCCUCGGACAUGGCAACUGAGCUGACUGCGCUUGCACAAUACACGCUCUGGAAUAGUCACCGGUCACCGGGUACCGCACCAGGACAAGGCAGUGCUGCAGGCAGGGGAGAGGAGCUACUAGCCUACUAUGUUGUGCUGACAUGCAGCUGUCCCAGGGAUCGCAUCGCAAACUGUGCAGUAGCAUGGAUAUGGUAGUAGGCUACCUAGUAGCUGGUCCAAGCAAGCCAUUGCCUAGGUAGUGGGCUACCUAGUGGCUGGUCCAUGCUGUACAUUCUAGGGUCGAAACGACUGCACUCUCAACAAUUCUGCAUGAAGGGAUAAGGUUUAGGCUUGGUGCAGAGAAGCAAUGAAACCCAGGUGAAGGCCUGCUAGCAUUCUGUGUGCCAAACUAGUGUU